UGGUAAAUGGGUUGUACUUGUAUAGCGCUUUUCUACCCCUUUUUAAGGAGCCCGGUAUUUCCACAUUCGCCCAUUCACACACACAUUCACACACUGACGGCGGGAGCUGCCAGGCAAGGACCCAUCAGGAGCAAGGGUGAAGUGUCUUGCCCAAGGACACAACGGACGUGACUAGGAUGGUAGAAGGACACCCAUCGCCUGUACAAACUGAAACUUGAGGAAGUCACCAAACUGCAAGUCAGCUGCUCCACCGCCAUCGAGCGUCAGAGGAAGAAGCUGAAAGAUCUUUCUGCAUCACUAGAAGAAUGCAAAGUCAAACAUCCCGAGCUCAAGUUAAGUCGGCAGGAAGCGGAGUCCAUCGCCGACAUCAAGAUGUCAAUUGAAGAGAGAGACAACGCCUUCUCCGAGAUGGAAGCCUUCCUGCCAAAGAAGAACGGGUUGUACCUCACUCUCGUUUUAGGAAACGUCAACGUCACGCUCCUCAAUAAGCAGUCCAAGUUCGCCUACAAAGACGAAUAUGAGAAAUUUAAGCUGGUCCUCACCGUCAUCCUCUUCCUCUUCUCCUUCACCUGUCGCUUUUUGUUCAGCUACAGAGCCUUAGACGCCUUGUUCAACUUCCUGCUGGUGUGGUAUUACUGCACGCUCACCAUCCGCGAGAGCAUCCUCAUCAACAACGGCUCAAGGAUCCGAGGCUGGUGGGUGUUCCAUCACUACGUGUUCACCUUCCUGUCCGGAGUCAUGCUCACCUGGCCCGAGGGGACUUUGUACCAGAUGUUCCGGAACCAGUUCCUCUCGUACUGCUUGUACCAAAGCUUUGUGCAGUUUCUACAGUACUACUAUCAGAGUGGCUGCUUGUACAGAUUACGAGCUCUGGGAGAACGACACAACAUGGACCUCACCGUCGAGGGCUUCCAGUCCUGGAUGUGGCGAGGACUCACCUUCUUGCUGCCUUUCUUGUUCUUUGGUCACUUCUGGCAGCUCUACAACAGCGUCACACUUUUCAAGAUGUUCCAGCUCCCCGAGUGCAAAGAGUGGCAGGUUGUCAUGUGCGGCUGCUCCUACAUGGUGCUCUACCUGGGGAACUUCUUCACUACACUGGGCGUGGUCUACCAGAAGUACAGGCAGAACCGGGACAACAAGCCCAAGUCCUUGUAGGACACUGUCGGGAUGCAUACCGAGUACCAGUAUUUUUUUUUCUACAGGUUCCAGGUGGACAAUGAUAUAGCUAUCCGUAUUUUUUAUCCGGCUGACCGUCCUAAUUAUGACAGGCUGUCACAUUCACUUCAGGUGCCGCUGCUGCUCCUGGAAUAAUCACAAAUAAGGAAGCAACACCACAAAAAAGUUUGUCACGCAAUAUUUUCUCCUCAAAAGUCGUUCACAGUCAUUCACGCUAAUAAUACACUCCAAAAAGUGAAACAUUUAAGUAAUACAAUAAUCCAUAAAGUUGCUUCGAAGCAGUGCUUCUCAAAUAUUUUCUGUUACGCACCCCCAAGGAAAAAGAAAAUAUUUUGCGUCCCUCUACCCUCCACCGUGACUAUACAUCCAUCCAUUUUCUACCGCUUAUUCCCUUGGGGAUCGGUGCCUAUCUCAGCUACAAUCGGGCGGAAGGCGGGGUACACCCUGGACAAGUCGCCACCUCAUCACAGGGCCAUCACAGAUAGACAACAUUCACACACCACGUCCAAUUUAGUGUUGCCAAUCAACCUAUCCCCCCACCGUGACUAUAAAUACUAUAAUUUGUAUAUAAAAUUGUUAUAACUGUACCUCUGCACAACACUGUCAGCUUAUUAACAAUAAAGGAAUCAACACAUCGGUCUUUCCUCGCUUCCAUUGUGGUUACAGGAAAGCCAAGUACUACAUACAAUUUAUCAUAUUCAAAAAAAGCAUGUUCCCCUGGCAUCGCAUCGGACCCGCCCCGCUAUUUGAGAAGGACUGCACUGAAGCAAGAUAACAUCAGUUGAUAGGUCUCAUUAGUCGCUGUCUGAUGCCAUUCCAUCACGCCGCGUCAGCGGGGCAUCAAAACACACCUUGCUUAAAUGCACACACCUAAUAUGCAAAUAUAUUGAUUUGAUAUGAUACAUCAUGUAAAUCAGGCCUUAGCAAUUAUUUUGACCCAGAGGGUAAAAUUUAAAGAAAAACAUGUGUCUGGGGGCCGGUAUAUCUAUUUCUAGAAACACUAAUACAAAACCUCACAAUAAUGUCUGAUUGAAUGCUAAAAACGUUAUGACAGACUGUCUUAAAAAACGGAAUGGUAUUUUUACUUUUUUUUACUGAAUGAGACUCCCAGAUUUAACAUGAAAAUAAAGAACGUGGGAUUUACAAUAUUAACUAUGAACAAUAGAACACUGAAUAUUGACAAAAUAUGAAUUUCACACCCCCUCUCCUUCGACAUAUUUUACAAUCAAGUGAAACCCAACAAAAAUACAACACAAACAGUGAAAUAUGAACACGAAGAGUAAAAACAAACCCACCUUCAAUCUGAUAUAUUUGAUAUAUCACUAAGCUUUAGAACAGGGGUAGGGAACCUAUGGCUUGCGAGCCAGAUGUGGCUCUUUUGAUGACUGCAUCUGGGUCUCGGAUAAAUCUGAGCUGACAUUGUUUAACAAGAUAAAUAAUGAAUAAUUCCACUUGUAAAAAGUGUUAAAAAUAAUGUUCAAAACAUAAAACAUUCUCAUGCAUUUUUAGCCCAUCCAUCCGUUUACUACCGCACCUGUUCAAGAAGUUGCGGUAAGAAGUUAUUUAUUUAUUAUUGAUUAGUGUGGGGCUUGCCCUCCUGGGGGUUCUUCAGACCACCAAGCACCGACAUAAGAGCCCGUUUCCGGGUUACACUAUUGUUUUAUUUUUCAAUAUGUCUCUCAGUUGCUUUCCAGCAAUUGUAUUUUUCUCUUUCGCUCUCGCUCGCGCUCUGGCUCCAGCCCCAGCCCCAUCUCUCCUCCUGGCUGCUGCUUAUGACAGAGCGACAGGUGAUUAGAUAACAAGGCUCAGGUGGGCCAUCUAGGCAGCUCUCGCUGAUUUCGAGGCCGGUCCUGGCACACCCCAGUUCAAUGCAGGCCCGCGGGCCACGCCCUCUCCAUAGUUAGCCUCAGAAUAACAAUGUUAUUACAAAGAAUAAGAGACCUAUUGUACUCUACAAAUGUUGGUCUUACUCAAAAAUGCACACUUUUAGUUGUGUUCAGUGUUUAAAAAAAAUAUUAUAUGGCUCUUACGGAAAUACAUUUUAAAAUAUUUGGCUUUUUGGCUCUCUCAGCCAAAAAGGUUCCCGACCCCUGCUUUAGAACUUUGUUGUAAAAAUAUCCUUCCACGUCUGUCCCUAACACCCACAUUUCAGGCUGGCCGCUCUGGAAACACUCUGUGGAAACGCUCCCCACCCACACUGCUUAGUGCCUCGUCUGACCUGCUGUCGCUUACAUUACCAUAGAAACUAAUUCUAUUACCAUAGUAACUCGUAUAUCAUGCAAAAGCACAGAUUCCAACCAUUGAAAUACUUUGUGCAGAUCAAGACUUACUGUAAUGUAAAAACAUCACUGCACAUCAUAAUGGCAGCUACAGUUUCCAUCUUAAAGAUCUAAGAAAAAUAUUUUGAGAAUGUCCGGCGGGCCAGAUUGCGUAACGGACUGCAUGCGGCCCCCGGGCCUUAAUUUUUCCCAGGUCUGAUGUAAAAGGUCUGUGCUCUGCACAUGACAUACAUACGAUUAUUAUUACAUCAAUAUUAUUUCCAGCUGAGUGUAAUAAUGAAUAGAAACUCAGUGUUGGAUCUUUGUGAUCUGACAAGAUGAUGACAUAACUGCAUUGUCAGCGUAUUUGAUUUGUUAAAGACUUCAGAAGCAAGUGCUAAUUAAAUACUUCCCUGCUGUGAGAUGUUACAUGAUGUUGGUGGUGUACAACAUUUCCUGCUAACGAAAACGCAUCUUUUUACAUCUUUGUUUACACCAAUUACAUAUAUUUAAUACCGGUACCCAUGAGGAAUGUUUGUAUCAUCACCGAUAAAAUCCUAACGAUGUACAUCCGUCACGGUCCCUGUCAGCCAUUUGGCCGUCACGCUCGUCGGUGCACAUUUUUGUUGCUCAAAGCUGUGGAAGAAUGUUACUCAACCGUCAAAACUACAUUUCUGUCGUUUGACUCUCAGCAGCUGCCAAGUAUUAUUAUUAAUAAUAAUAUUGUUGCUAUAUGUGCCUUCCCAAAAGUGCUGAAUAAAAACAGUCCUUCACGCCA